UCGCGCACGCCCCGCCCCGCCGCCUGCCCGCCCUUCUCGCCGCGAGCGUUACGCGAGCCCGCGGCCGUCGGCUUUCGAGCAGCCCCCCCUUCCCCGUCCCCCACUUCAGCCUCUCGGGCUUAAUUAGUGCGCGGUAGUCGAGGCCAAGGGCGAAGCCCCCCGGAGUCGGGACUGCCUUUGAGCCGUCGAGAAGAAUUUGUCUCUUGAGCUAAGCUCCUGAGUUAGAAGUUCCUCUGGGGCUCAUGUGCGUGGGCACGAGCAAUUCUGGGAUUGCACAGCCGCCCCCAGAGGUGGUUGUUGGGCUUCCAGCACCUGCUUUGUCCGGAUCUUUGCAGUCUCUUCUUCCCUUUGCUCCGGUCUGCCCUGCACCCCACCCAGACGCAGCAUGGCGCCCAAGAAGCCAGAGCCUAAGAAGGAAGCGGCCAAGGCGGCCCCAGCUCCGGCCCCUGCUCCUGAGCCACCCAAGGAACCUGCCUUUGAUCCCAAAAGUGUGAAGAUAGACUUCACCGCGGACCAGAUUGAAGAGUUCAAGGAAGCCUUCUCCCUGUUCGACCGCACGCCGAGUGGAGAGAUGAAGAUCGCCUAUGGGCAGUGUGGGGACGUGCUGCGCGCCCUGGGCCAGAAUCCCACCAACGCUGAAGUACUGCGCAUGCUGGGCAAACCCAAGCCGGAAGAGAUGAACAGCAAGAUGCUGGACUUCGACACCUUCCUGCCCAUCCUGCAGCACAUCUCCCGCAACAAGGAGCAGGGCACGGAGGAGGACUUUGUGGAGGGGCUGCGUGUUUUCGACAAGGAGAGCAACGGCACGGUCAUGGGCGCUGAGCUGCGCCAUGUGCUGGCCACCCUGGGAGAGAAGAUGACCGAGGCUGAAGUGGAUCAGCUGCUGGCUGGGCAAGAGGAUGCCAACGGCUGCAUCAACUAUGAAGCCUUUGUCAAGCACAUCAUGUCGGGGUGAAGCGGACCCCUCCAGGGGCACUAGCAGGAAGACGGACACCAGGAUGACCAGGGGACACCAGGGAUGCCUCAAGUGGUCCUUCCUGCUGCUGCUUUUUAAAAAACUUUGUGGUAAAACGCCCAUAAUAUAAGAGUUCUUCUCA